AAAUUCAACGAACGAUGUCUGACAGUGGAAUAUGUUACGGCAAUGCUACAACUGAGAAAUUUAAGAGGGAGACUAAUGAAAAUAAAGAUUUUAUAUUGAAACUGAGUGAGAUAUUGAAUCUGGAUGCUUUACAGAGUCGUGAUCUAUUCUCAACAUACUUGUUAUACGAAUACCAAGGAUUGCAGAGUGAACUUAAGAAUGUGAUAGCAGAGGAGCGCCACAGCAGAACGCUUCUCAUAGAGGUGUGGAAAUACUAUCACAAUGAGCGGCUCUACAUCCUGCGCUGUCUGAAGCACCUGCUCAGUUACUGGAAAGAUGAGACACAUCCCUACUACAAAAGCUACCAUGAAUGCAUCGAGUCGCUUGCGGGAGAGAAGAGCAAACUUAUUGAAUCCGUUCAGCAGCAGUAUGAGGCCGUGUGUGCAGCCACCCCACCUACCAUUGACAGCAGCGACUGUGAUGUGGCGGAGCGGCUGGGCUGCAGAUGGGUGGUUUACAACCUGAAGGAACAGCUGGAGCUGCUACAGAUCAUGCUGUUGUACUACAAGGAUGAGACGAUGCUUCCGGAGAGCUUCCUAAGACUCCUCGCGCUAUUCAAGAGACAAGGCUUUGGUCAAAGACAGGAAAACAAGCAUCUUCUAGAGACAGCGUCUAAAACGUUGCUUACAAUCAUUGGGAAUGUUCAAGUCUUAAUUCUUCUGAAAGGCAUUCACCUGGAGUGGUUGUUUCAAUGUCAGGACCGUGACAGUGAGCCGAGUGAAUAUCAUCUACUGGCGUCGGAAGACGUUCUGAGGAAGAUUAACAACUGCAUGGAAGGGAUGGGCGAAGUGCAGCCCCACGGUCCCGUGCUGUUGGCCUGGGGGCUAGCGCACUACGUCACUCAGGCUCCACGUGGUACGGUCGUGGCGAGAAGACUUGGGAGGAUCGCGCUGCAGUGUGACGCGUUUGAGUAUCUCCUCAGAAUGCUGCGCACAGCCCCGUUCUCUGGAAACACGGUCGUGGCCACCUUAAGCAAGCAGACUGUCUACAGCCUCCUGCAGAUUCUCCUGCAGUGCUUCGAUGAAGAGACACUGGGCAGUAUGGAUACUCUGUACGAGAUCGCCCGCGAGGUGCUGAGGCUGCAGUGCCUCGCGCAGAACAUGUGGGACAUGGGCUUAGAGAAAGGUGUGGGCUUGCUUUUGACUUCAGCCAUCCAGCUGUUCCCACUGGACCCUGCACCUGUUCUGAGGAUCGGUGCAGCACUGGCUUCUGCUUGUCAGGAUAGUGCUGAAAAGGUGAUCGGCUGUCUACACACGAUGAAAGGUUUCUCAAAGUACCUAGAUGUGCAGGAUAGAGUUAAGGACUGUGGUGAAGGAGUACUACAGCUGGUAGAAGCCAGGUUUCCUUACCCGACCGAGAGCUUUCUUCUCCCACCAAACAUAUACGGACAGAGCUUUUCUGCACCUGAGGGCCAGGCUAUCAGGUGGCAGUGUGAUGUCAACGGAUGGCAGGUGUGCCUGUGUGAAGUACAUUCAUUACUGCAGCAGCUUGGCCGCAGCGCAGGUCACCUGGAGCAGGAGUUGGUGGAGAAUGUGACGGCAGUAGGCAUACUAGUUUAUUCCAUCCUGCAUUCAGAUAGGAGCAAGGUGCAGGAUUUAGCUCACCUAUCUGAUAUGCUACUUGACCUGCUUCAGAGGUUAUCCCAGAUCGCACAGCCACCGCUAAAACUGAUAUCAGCUUGCCUGCAGGUGGCAGCUGAGGUAGCUGCUGUCUAUCCUGCACUCGUCUGGGAGAAGGUGUCAAACUCUGGCAUGCUUCCGAGCCUUGGCGGGGAAAAUCUCCAGCAGAUAGUUAGGGGGAGAUCACUGGAGAGGAGCACUCUAGGUGGCAUAAUUGCAGGGCUGGAAUGCCCAUGUGGAGAGUAUGCAGUGACACUAGCCUUCCUGCAGCUCUUACGACAGGUGAUUCAAGGUCUGUGGGAGCAAACUAACUGCAACAGCAGUCUUGUUGCCAGCCUCAUGUUCAUGAUGAGAGACGUGUUUGCUGGCUUCCAUAAGUGGAGAUAUAAUGAUCCUACCCAGAAGCAACUGAUAGGUCAGCAAUGUCUCGAAAUCUUUCACAACAUACUGACUCUUGAAAAGUCGGCAUCAGAAUCCCAACAGUUCACACUUCAACAGGUGUGCUGUGACGGUCUGCUCUACACUGAUGCAGGUAACACACUGCUCAGCAUUGUGUCCGUGGGAGUCGAGGAGGUACAGGUGGCAUUAGAGCAGCAAACAAGCUGGGUGGAAGGUGCCGGCGUCGAGCUAAUCGGACUCCUCCGCUUCGCGCUGUCCGUGCUCAACCGCCUGCUGCUGCUGAAGCCGGGCGAUCAGGCCGCGUCGCCCGUCGAGCAGACGCUGGGAGCGGCGCAGCCGGCGAGCGGGCCGCAGCGGCGCCACGCGACCGCGACCAUCGCGCAGUACGUCUACCACCGCUACGACCCGCGGCUGCCGGCCCUCGCCACCCUGCUGCUGAAGCGCGUCGCCGUGGUUUUUCCAAUGUCACUGUUGGCCUGCCUAGGAAGUUCUGCAGAGGCAGUAAGAGAUGUGUUUGUCUUAAGACUACAGUUCCCAACUGAGGAUGUGAGACUGAAGAUAGCAAUUCUCGAAUUCCUAGCUACCUGUGUAAAAACUCAACCAGGCCUCAUAGAGCUAUUUCUGAGUCUCACCGAAUUGGAUACCGGCACUAGCAAGAGGUUUGAGAUGGGAAAGUUUAGCUGCCUGCAUGCCGUUUUGGAAAUCAUUCAGACUGAUAGACAGAAAUGCCCUGCUGAGCUGCAGAGGGCUGCAGUAGAGUUUGUAGCUGCUUUAUGGACUGGUAGACGGGAAACAGCCAUGACUGUACUCAGAGAGAAGAAGAAGUUCUGGACAGACCUCUGCAGCUACUUAAUGUUAGAUUCAGUGUCAAGUCACGUGAAGACAUGUGCAUAUGUUAUGCGCACCGUGGCUGCAGAGAUGUACAGUGUACAGAGCUAUGACAAACUGGAUAAGGAACUCUAUGAGAUCAUGAAGACACUGAUCAAGGACAAUCGAUUGUCAUUCUGGUCCAAGUUUAUACAGAGCAGCCAGAGUGUUGACGAGGCAGGCAAACCAGAUGACCAAAGUCCAUUACUUCUGUUGACUGCGUGGCGAGACCUUUUAUUAAUAUUGGCUCGGGAGGAAUGUGUUCAAUUACCAGACAAGCUGAAAGGAUCACUGCUGAGUGAUGUGUUGGAGUCGGUACAUGCUCGACUGUCAGAUGACGGCAAGCGGGUGGCUGUCACAAAAAUUCUCAGCGAGAUAUCAGUCUGUCUCAUUGUCCGCUGGUCAAGAAAUGUAUCGGCGCAGCAGGCCGUGAUGGGCAGCCUCGGCAGCAUCCUCCACGAGAUGAGGGUCAUCAUCGCACACCUGCAUCCCAAGAUACAGCUUGCACUGCUCGCAACCAUGGCAACGGUCGUGCGCAACCUCCCCAAGCGGGAUCGUGAACAGGAGGCGAGCAACCUGGUGGACGCGAUGCCAGACGUCUACGCCAUACUGCAGUACAACAUGCGACAGAGCGAUCAGAGCGAGGUCUACACUAAGCUGCGAACGGUGAACAUCUGUUUGCUGAAGGAGCUGAUAGCAUAUACUAGCGAGCAGGCUCGCACGUGGGUCGUAGGUUUGCAGGAACACUCCAUGCUACCUCUGCUACUCAUCGCUGCCGCCAAUGGCAUGCAGAGGCGUGAGCGUGAAGAACAGGUGCAGGCCAUCAUGGAGCUGCUGCUGACGUUGUGCCGCGUGCCACGCGCAGCCAGUAGCCUUGCCAGCAGUGGUCUCACCGAGCACCUGUGCCUCCCUCUGCUGGCGACCUACGUCAACAGAGACAAGCAGCACGAGAAACAGGGAAGCUGGAGUGUAGUGUACAGACUUGGCCUCUAUCUGUAUGCAAACAUGCUAGCCAUACUCAAGUACUCCUUCCUGCCUGACGCACUGAGCUUCAUAGGUGUUCAUCAGGACUGUAUCAAACAGAGCAUGGAGCAGCUCUACUGUAGCCACCAGGUGGAGGCACUGCUCGAGGCGGAGGCGGCGUGCGUGUUUGUUGAGCAGCUGUCGCGUUACUCGCGGCAGUGGCAGCUCGAGAUGCCGGAGCAGCAGGGCGGCACGCUGCAUGCCGUGCAGGUGCUCACGCACACGCUCACAUCGCUGCUCAUACGCCCACGCUUCCUGCAGCACAUACUAGAGAAGCCACAUAAGCUGGAGGCAGUGACAGAGGAACUUCUCACGCCUGUCAGGCUGCAUCACCAAUCCUCAUCCAGCAGCAUCUGCAGCGACGACAUGGAGAAGCCUACAGAACUGCUCAUCCAGACUCAGUCACGGUUUUUACACAUUUUGAUGCUAUGUCUCUCCAUUCUGAAGAAUUUUGCACCUGACUUGCUGGAACUCUUUGAUGAGAGCCUGGACGUGAUGCAGUUUAAGCCUGUGCUGGAACUAGGAUUUAGUGCGCCUGCGCUGGAAAAAGAGGGCAAUCUGACAUUCGGAACGUUGGUGACGCUGUCUAACUACGGUGUCAGAAUGUUGAUGAAGGCUGAUGUUAGCAGCCUUGCUUCCCCCAGCCGUUCCCCGAACGUGAACUACGACCUGCCUAACAGCAAGUCUGUUGUGACAUACUUGAUGGAGACCUCACUAGGUUUGCUGAUGUGCCAGGCAUGUCUUUACCUAAGAAAUCCCAGGCUGGCACCCCGAGACAAACAACUGCUGAAGAGGGAGCUCUCAACAGAGCUGACGUCGUACCUGAUGGCAAUGUACAGGCACGUGCGCAGGGGGGCGCCACCAUCACCCGGCAGCAGCUACGUUGCAAGCCCAGGCGUGGUAACCAAACCCCCACCGCUCUCGUCGUCAGGAAAGACUACUCCGAAGUUUCAGACGAAGUUGCCCUGGAAGUUCUCCAUGGCAAAGGAGCAAGCCUUCUUCAGACUUGUGCAGCAGUUUGUUGAGAGUGUCCUGAUGUGAUCGGUUAUCCUGUCAGAGCUCGGCAUGUCUGCUCUGAUUCAUCACUAGAUCGCCGCUGCAUGAAGCAUCCAAAUGACUGUGGUGCUUAAGGUUGACGGACCUGUGCGUAGUGACGAGUGUGGUAGAUUGCUAGUGACCUCUAUUGUCAUCUAGUGGCAUCAACGUAUGUAUAUCUCAUCGAUGAUUCGGUUUGUGUGAAACGUGAGGAGGAUGGAUAUAGGAAUGCCGGCAGCAUCUUCAAUACACUCGGAGGCGUAUUGUGAUGAUGUAAGAGAAGCCAGGUAAAGAGGAAAAUGUGUGGCACAGCACAGAAGAUCAUCUCAGAGCUUUCCAAUCGCCACGGCUUUGCAGCGAUGAAUCACUAAAUUGCGAUCCCGCUGGAUUGAACAUAUAUCAUGUGGCUUCACUUCUCAUUGUGCUAGGGGCCUAAUUAACACAAAGGUAUGCGUCUCUCAUUGUCACAUUCUACCGACUUUUCCUAAAAGCAACUGGCUGCUGCUGACAAACGCGAGUUUGGAGAAGCUGCAAGGUACCGUGCUGCAGGUUGGAAGGGAUUCACUAGUGACAAACGCAUACGUGAAAGCUGGUGACGUAAAGGAUCAACUCACUGUCGGUGUAUUCUUUUCCCUGCCUGGCGUGAUGACGUAAACAGGGAGAGAUAUUUCUUGCGAUGUACUUUAUACCAAUGUAACUCGAGGAAUUGUAUUGUAAAGUGUUUAUUGAAAUAUACAAAUCACAAAUUUAAAGGAAA